AUGCAAUCUCAUCAGCAACAUCAACGCGCUUAUCAAGCCCCCGCAGCUGGAUCAAAAAUCAUCAUCGUGGGGGGUGGCUGCUUUGGUUUAUCUACUGCCUACUCACUUGCAUUAAACAAGGCUAAAAACUAUAAGGUGUGGGUGUAUGACCGAGAAGAGAUCCCUGUACGAGAUGCCGCUUCGAAUGACAUCAGCAAAGUGGUUCGUAUGGAUUAUGGUAACGAGAGGCUGUGUAUGGAGCUUGCUAUCGACUCGAUUGACAUCUGGAAUCAAUGGAACAAAGAGAGAGCGGCUCAAGAUCUUUCGCCAGUGUAUCACAAUACAGGCAUGCUUGUUUUCUCGGGCGAGGACAAGCUAUGCGAGAAUGAAAAAAACACUUUACAUCAUAUUCGUGCUGCAGGACAUGCCGACUGGAUUGAAGAGCUGAAUGCAGAGCAAAUAGUGUCAAGAUACCCAUACUUUGAAACAGCUGUAAAGAAUGGUAUCAGCUGUGCUUACUACAAUAAGGUUGGAGGGUGGUGUAAUUCAGCCGAGGCCAUCAAGCACAUUUACAACAAAUGCAAGUCUGUAGGCGUCCAAUUUGUACUAGGUGAUCAAGGCUGUUUUACAGGUCUAGAAACUGAUAAGAGCAAUAACAGAUCUGUCAUCGGGAUUCGCACCAAGACGGGUGAUACACAUCUUGCCGACCGAGUAGUCAUGUGUACUGGUUCCUGGACUUCAAGUGUGAUCGACAUGCACCAACAAGUGAUUGCAACAGGCCAAGUGGUUGUUCAUUUCAGACCCUCUGAACGAGUCAAGAAGAUACUGAGUAAUCUGCCUGUCUGGUUUGGUGAUUUCUCUCGAAUCGGCUUUUACGGAUUUCCUGAUAAUGGAGAUGGCAUUAUAAAGAUUGCGAAGCAUUCCACCGGAUAUUUGAACCCACGCAAAGGCGACAAUGUCUCUGUGCCUCGUACUCAAUCGACGCAUGAGGGGGAUACUAUUCCAGUCCAAGCUCUCAGAGAUUUCCGCGAAUAUCUGCAAAAGUUUCUACCUAUUACUGAUGAUCUGGACAUUACUUACUCAAGAGUGUGUUGGUACUCUGACUCCAUUGAUGGUCAGUUCAUCAUAGAUGCUCAUCCAGACUAUGAUAAUCUUAUUGUUGCUGCUGGAGACAGUGGCCAUGCCAUGAAAUUUUUACCCAUGAUGGGCAGUAGAAUAUCAGAGGUCAUUGAGAAUCAAGAUACAGAAUACACUCGAGCCUGGGCUUGGCGUAAGAUUGUACCUCGAGCUGGCUUUUAUGAUCGACCCAUUCUGGUUGACGAUAAUCAUAUAGUGAGAAUGGUUACAUCUGCUGAACUGAGAUCCUCAAAGCUUUGA